UCUUUUAUUUCUUUCUCUCUCAAUUACGGUAGAAAUGACAAAUCCUAAAGGAAAGUAUAUGAAAGAGUUAAAAAAUCAAUUGUAUCAUGUAAAUAAAUUAAAUUAUUUUUAUUUGUAGUAAUUAUAAUCGUUAUAUUUUAUUUACAAAUUUAAAUUGUUUAUCUAAUGUUGAUUAAAUCGAUCGAAAAGACUGAAGAUAACGAUAUACCCGAUAUCAUAGAACAUACGAUAGUGAUUGCAUGUCUCGACAGUGUUCUAUGGUUAUUCAUUGACGACCAUUCUACACGAGGAGACGAUAUUUAAGAUAAAUAUUAUUCAACAUUUUUCAUACAAAAGAUUUAUUUUUUAUUUCAAUACUUAUAAAUAAUAAAUCAUUUCAUCCAAAGUAUAGAAAGAAAAAUAUAUAAAUAACAAACGACCAAAAAAAAUGGACACUGACGUUGAAUCUUGCUUAAAAGAUUGGAAUGACUUGGCACGAGAUUAUAAGGAGUUGGAGGUACUAAAUAGAGAAUAUCUUGCUAAAUUGGAUGAAGUUAGAGAGUUACAAGCAAAAUGUGUUAAAGGAAUUUCUCAUCAAAGAUAUAGAAUGAAUAUUAUUUCUAAAUCUUUAAAACAGCUUCAUGACAGAAGUACAAAAAUGACGUUAGAUAAAGAUAUGAUGAGAAGAGAUCAACAAUUACACGAAAUGGAACAAACUUUACCAAAACCAAAUGGUGUAUAUCUUCAAAUUAUACUAGGCAGUGUUAAUGUUUCUAUAUUGAACAAGAAUGAUAAAUUUAAAUACAAGGAUGAAUAUGAAAAAUUUAAAUUAGUAUUAUCUGUAAUUGGUUUUGUGCUAUCUGUUUUAAAUCUUUUUACUAAUGUAAGAACAUUGGAACUGAGUUUGAUGUUCCUUCUAGUCUGGUAUUAUUGCACAUUAACAAUAAGAGAAAGUAUUCUUAAAGUAAAUGGAUCUAGAAUUAAAGGCUGGUGGCGAUUUCAUCACUUUCUCUCUACUGUAGUGUCGGCUGUUUUAUUAGUGUGGCCAAAUACAGGUGCUUGGUAUGCAUUUCGUGGUCAAUUUAUCUGGUUCAAUGUAUAUAUUAGUAUAGUACAAUAUCUACAAUUUCGUUAUCAACGGGGUGUACUUUAUCGUUUAAAAGCAUUAGGUGAAAGACAUAAUAUGGAUAUUACCAUUGAAGGUUUUCAUUCUUGGAUGUGGCGUGGACUAUCGUUUCUCCUUCCAUUCCUAUUUGUUGGAUACUUUUUCCAACUUUAUAACGCUUAUAUAUUAUAUGUUUUAAUAUCACAUCCGGAAGCUACUUGGCACGUUUCGGUUCUCAGUGUUAUGUUCUUGAUAUUAUUCUUAGGAAACGUCACUACAACUGUCAUGGUCAUUCCACAAAAAUUAAGGGAACAGGUUAAGGAUCAUCUUCCCGGUGUAUUUACUAAUAAAUCUGAUCGCAGAAAGGAUAUCGUCAAGGAGGAAAUUAAAAAUGAUGAUAAAAGUGAUUAAAAAGGACAUUGAUCAAUCUAUAAUAUCGAUCAAAAACAAAUAACAGUGGUUUUGUUCAUUUAUUUAUAUAUAUAUACAUACAUAUAUAUAAAUCAAAUGAUAUUUGCAUAAUUAAAUAAUAAUUAAAUAAGUCUCGAUAAAAAAAAAAAAAAAUAGGCGAGUGCUCACAUCAUCUUAACUAAAAUUAGAUUUGUACGAAAGAAUUUCUAUUUGAUAAUAUUAUAUUUGAUCCCUCCUCCCUUCCUAUUUAGAAAAAUCAUUUUAAAUAGAUGCAUUUUGUCAUGAUUUUGUUUCCGUGAUACUUUAUACUUUAUACACUAAAUUCUAAUAUUGAAAAUAUGAUUUUUUUUAAACAAAAAACAUUAUAUAAUUAUAUAGAAUUACUUAUUCAAUAAGUAAUACAUGUAUAUUACUUCAUUUACACGCACACAAGUUCGUCAAUUUAGUAUCAAUUAUGCUUGGUAAAACUAGCAUUACUAUGAUUUAUAAAUUUCUGUGAUUAAUUAUUAUUAAUAUCAAAUUAUUUGGGACAAUUC